AUGACGUUAAGGCUCACUGAAGAAAAAGCCAAAAAAUUGAUGGAUUUGAUCACAAAGGCUCUACAAUCCCCUAAUAAUAUACAAAUUAGGGAGAUUGCUCGAAUUAUUGGUCAUAUGGUUUCUUCAUUUCCUGCCGUAAAAUAUGGUCCUUUAUAUUAUAGAAAUUUAGAGCAUGAUAAGACAAGUGCUCUAAAGCAGUCAAAGGGCAAUUAUGACGGUCACAUGAAUAUUUCCAAAAACUCAGAGCGUGAGUUAAAUUGGUGGCUUCAUAAUGUUAAUACUAGUUUCAAUACCAUAGAAAUUCCCCCAGUGGAUGUAGUGGUCUACUCUGAUGCCUCUCUGCAAGGUUGGGGAGCAGCCUUGGGUGAGCAGUCAACUGGGGCGGGUUGGGCACAAAGUGAGAAGAACCACAUAAACAUCCUUGAAUUAAAUGCUGCUCUUUUUGCUUUAAAAUCAUUUGCUUCUGAGAUCAAGGGAAAACAUGUUAAAAUUAUGAUUGAUAACAGCUCCGCGGUAUUUAUUAUCAACAAUAUGG